AUGGAGGCGGCUCUGGUGAGUGCAGCAACGGGGGUCCUGAAGCCCGUCGUGGAGAAGCUGGCCACUCUGGUGGGCAGUGAGUACAAGCGAUUCAAGGGUGUUCGUGGCGAGAUCAAGUCCCUCACUCGUGAACUCGCUGCCAUGGAUGCUUUUCUUCUAAAAAUGUCAGAGCAGGAGGAUCUUGAUGAGCAAGAUAAGGUGUGGAUGAAUGAGGUGCGUGAACUCUCCUAUGAGAUGGAGGAUUUCAUCGACAACUUCAUGAAAGGUGUUGGCGACAAAGAUACUAAGCCGGAUGGCUGUGUUGAGAUGAUCAAGAACUUGCUAGGGAAGUUGGGGAAGAUGAAGACUCGUCGUCGUAUGGGCAAGGAGAUCCAAGAUUUGAAGAAACAAAUUGUUGAAGUCGGAGACAGGAAUGCAAGGUACAAGACUGGAGUGGCUAUCUCCAACACCAAAAAUGCAACGAUUGACCCUCGAGCUCUUGCUAUCUUUGAGCAUGCUUCAAAGCUCGUGGGAAUUGAUCAACCGAAGUCAGAGAUUAUCAAAUUGUUGACCGAAGAGGAUGGAUGUGCAACAAAGCAACAACAACUUAAGAUGCUCUCCAUCGUUGGCUCCGGAGGAAUGGGCAAGACAACUCUUGCAAACCAAGUGUAUCAAGAGAUGAAAGGAGAAUUCAAGUGUCAUGUGUUUAUAUCAGUGUCACGAAACCCAGACAUGGUGAAUAUAUUGAGAACUAUUCUCAGUGAAGUUGCUAAAAAAGAUUAUGCUCACACAGAAGCUCGGGAUGAACAACAACUUCUCUCCAAAAUCUCCAAUUUCCUUAUUGACAAAAGCUACUUUAUUGUUGUUGACGAUAUAUGGAAGACGAAAACAUGGGAUGUAAUUAAAUGUGCAUUCCCAAUGACUAGUUGUGGCAUAUUGAUCACCACUACUCGUUUGAAAGACGUCGCUAGUUCAUGCUGUUCAUCAGGUGGCCAUAUUUAUAAUAUAAGCCCUCUUGAUAUUGAUCACUCGAGACAAUUAUUUCAUGGAAGAUUAUUCCAGUCCUUAGAAGAUUGCCCUUCAUAUCUUGAAGAUGUUUCGGAGCAGAUCUUGAAAAAAUGUGAUGGCUUACCUUUGGCGAUCAUUGCUAUAUCUGGUUUGUUGGCUAACAAAGGAAAAACAAAGAAUAUUUGGAAUCAAGUAAAAGAUUCAAUUGGUCGUGCACUUGAAAGAAAUCCUAGUGUGGAAGCAAUGAUAAAGAUAUUAUCACUCAGUUACUUUGAUCUACCUCCCCAUCUAAAAACAUGUCUCUUAUAUCUGAGCAUAUUUCCAGAAGAUUCUAUUAUUGAGAGGAAGGACCUGAUCAGGAGAUGGAUUGCUGAAGGAUUCAUUCGCAAAGAAGGCACAUAUACUGUACAUGACUUAGGAGAGAUGUAUUUUAAUGAGCUUGUCAAUAGGAGUUUGAUACAACCCGUGGAGACAAGCAGCAGAUAUUAUAGGGUGGAAAAUUGUCGGGUUCAUGACAUAAUUCUCGAUUUCAUCAUAUCCAAGUCCAUGGAACAGAACUUUGUUACUUUACUUGGUGUUCCCAAUCUGUCCAUUAGGACACAAAGCAAAGCUUGUCGGCUUGCUUUGCACGCCGGGGAGCAUGGAAAUUCUUCGACACCAACAGGCAUGGUACUGUCGCAUAUCCGGUCACUUAAUGUGUUUGGGAAUUCUGUGGAGAUCCCUUCUUUGGAUGAGUUCAUGCAUUUGCGUGUGCUAGACUUUGGAGGUUGCACGCAAUUGGAAAAUCACCAUCUAGUAAAUAUAGGGAGGUUGUUUCAGUUGAGGUAUUUAAACCUGAGAAGGACAAGAAUAAGUGAGCUUCCAGAACAAAUCAGUUAUGCACGGUGCUUACAAAUGUUGGACCUUAGGCAGUCAUAUGUACGUGAACUACCUGCAUCUAUUGUCAAUCUCAGAAAUUUAUUGCAUCUACUUGUAGACAAUGAUGUUAAAUUUCCUGGUGAAAUCAAGAAGAUGCAGUCACUAGAGACAUUGAAAGGGGUCGAUGUCUUGAAUCAACCAAUAAAAUUUCUGCAAGAACUCGGCCAGCUAAAGAAUCUGAGGAAGCUGCACCUGGAUUUUGAACAUGAUUCUGCCAAUGGGGAUACAGCAAGGGUUAAGGAUUGCACAAAAGCUAUUGCUUCUUCUCUCUGUAAACUAGGCACACACAAUCUCCGCUCUCUUACUAUUCUUGAUGGUCAUAGCUUCUUACAAGCACCACCCUGCCCUGCUCCACUUAGCCUCCAAAAACUUAUGACCUGGCAAUCAGCCAUCCCGCAGGUUCCGAAUUGGGUGAGCUCCCUUGUCAACCUGCAACAUUUACGCCUUGAAGUGAAGGGAGUUGGGCAGGAAGAUCUUCACAUCCUUGGAGGAUUACCUUCUCUGUUGGUUCUGGACCUAGAAGGAACAGCACCAUCUAAACAUAGGCUCAAAGUGAGUGGUGCGGUUGGGUUCCGAUGGUUGAAGUUUUUCUAUUAUGAUGCAAAUUUCCAUUCAAUAGAUUUGACAUUUGAGGCAGGAUCCAUGCCCAAACUAGAAAAUCUUGAGAUUCAAGGCACACUUGAAAUAGGGUCUCUAGAUUUGGGCAUCGAGAACCUCCCCUGCCUUGUUACUGUCAAAUGUAAAAUAGUUGGUAACGCUGGCACAUUUGUGGCUGCAAUGGACACUAUGGAGAUAGCAGCCAGUGCACAUCCCAACCAUCCUAUUCUACUCAUUGGGCGGCCAUGAUGAUGCAUUAGUGGGUAGUUACCACCUUGG